AUGGAUUUGUCUUCUACGCACGGUAGUAGGCGUGGUAAGAUAGAAACACCAGGAAACACCCUCAGGGUUUGUGCUUCUGGAGAAGAAUGCAGAUGCCGGGCCCAGGACUCACCCUUCAGUAAUCCUGUGCACUUGCACUUUCAUUCCCCCCUCAUCCUACAGGCCUCACACGCACUGCUUGAAGGUAGCAUGGCUCUGAAAUGCCAGAAACGGAGGCAACAGAAACUGAUGGCUGUGAAAUACAUGUUUCUAAAGAAUGGAAAUAUUAUUUCUAAUUCUAAUAAAAGCUUGUCCUUUUUGAGUCCACAAGCAAGCUCAAAUAACAGUGGCCAUUCUCCAGGCAUUGGGUAUGAGGACAAAAAAUACCUACUGAAAUCAAGUUAUAAAAUCAUCCAAAUUCAAGAGCUCUUUCCACUUCCAGAGCAGAAAGUCACAGCCUCCCAGCUGACGGAGAGAAACCCUGUCAACCCGAGCUGUCAAAGACUGCUUCAUCCAGAGCAGCAGGACAUUCUGCUUCACUUCAUCUUCUCCACAGACAAGGGGGUCAUUCUCUCAGGCGGGGGCAGGUCCCUGGACCUCCAGAUCCCAUCUGUUUGGAGAGAUCCCGCCUCUGGGGGAAAGGCAAUGGAAGGGAGAAACUAUGUUUCCUCCUUGGCUGAAGGCAUGGGAGACACCAUGUUCUCCCGGCACAGGGCGUGCAUGAAAGAGGGAGUGGGGAAGAGGUCCUGGCGUUCCCAGGGAGCAGAGACGUAGGUCCCUGUUCUCAGCAAGAGUGAUGUGGAUGAUGUCACUCCCCCAUGGAUUAGGGUUCUAGCCAUCCAGAGUGAGGCCAUGACCAUCACUGUGAGUGCUCAUCUCCGUUGA